UGCAAGAGAUAUGUCAUAAUCAGAUUAUUUAGUAUCAAAUUUGUAAUGAUGAAAUACAUGAUUAAGAAAAAAUAAAUGUCGUACGUAAGGAGAAUUUGAACAAGUGUUAUAUUUUGUUUAUCCGGGCAGGAACUUAGAAUUUAGUGUUUUAUGUCGUGAAAAAAUAUGGACAUUGCAAUAGACUUUAUUGAGCCUCAUGGAAUUAAGGCAGUGAGAAAUGGUCUACAAACGGAAAAAGUUAAAAAUAAUGACGAUGACUUAAAAUUAAGGAAGGAAAACAAGAUAAAACGUAAGGAGCAAAAGAAAAAGAACAGAAAAGAAAAGAAAAGAGAAAAUUCUAAAAGAAAAAACAAAGACAAACAAUUGGGAAAAAAUGGCAAACUCGAUAACACAGAAAUCGAUGUCAGUUUGACAACUAUUAAGCAUUCACCAGAUGGAAACUUGUCUUUUUUGCAGUCACAGAAUUCAGGUAAUAACACUAUCUCGGAAAGACCAAGUGCAAACCUUCCUCCUAAAGAAUUUUCGGAUAAUGUGAAAAAUGUGAAAAUAAAAAAAAACGAUGGAAUACACAUUAUUUCACAUGAAUACGUGAAGAAUUUAAUUAAAAAAGCUUUUGAAGCUAGAGAAAAAAGCCCUGAAGCAAAAUUAUCGAAACCUAUUCCAUUGUCUAUUGUGACUUCAACUGAACCCAACAAGCUACGUUCUACUUCCAUGCCCACAGCAACUACUGAUUCAAUGACAGGAACGGAUAACUUAAAGACAAACGUUCCGAAUGAACCUCAAGUGAGUCCAAUAAUUUCUGAGUUUACCACAAAAGAAAGCAAUCACCCGACAGCAGAAAGUACAACCACAAAAGAAACAGUAACAAAAUCGUUUUCAACAUUAUUACCAACGAGCGGUAAGCAAACAUCAAAGCCAAUACAUAUUUCGACAACAGAGAGAACGCAGCAAAUUAUCCCGGAAGCAGGAAAUGAAAAAAAGACGGAAAUAUCUUCUGCAACGAAAACACCAGAAGUCACCACUGCAAAACUAUCAGACGAUGUUGCAAUUACAAUUCCUAAUCUCACAAAUAUUCAAUCAACGGAAGUAGAAAAACAUCCAGAAAUAAUAACAACAAAUGUGACCAAAAAAUCGACAACUACCGAAAAAACAACGGAAAUGAAAACACAACCCGAAAUAAAAACAACAAAUGUAACAAAACAAACAACGAGUUUCGAAACGGCAACGAUUUUACCUUCUUCUGUCACACAAUUAGAAAGUUUUACUAAUGACACUUCUUCAACAUUCACUGCAAAAAAUAUAGACACAAAUGUCCCGGAUGACAACAAGGAAAUAGAUAAAACGGAAUCCAGUAAUACCAAAAUGGACAAUAUACCAAAGAAAGCACAUUCCGGUUCAGUGGUUAUUCAAGAAAACAAAAACUCAAAUUCAACUAAAGCGGAUGAUAUUGAUAUUAUCAUUUUCCCAUCUUCAAGAGCAGAUAAAAGGAGAAGAAAGCAAGAGAGAAGAAGAUUAUGUGCUAAUAUUGAUUUUGGGGAUGCCAAGAAAGGAUUCCAAUGUUGUAAGAAGACGUUGAAUUGUUUUGACGACCUACCAGAGAAUAUAGAUGAGACAGUUUUCCACAAUGGCCACCAUGAAUAUAAUGAAGCAGAAAGACUCCAUGUUUGUCAUCAUAUUGACGAAGCUUUGGUGUGUAAGGAUGGUGUGUUUAACAGAUCAGUCUGUAAAAAUGUUAACCCAAUUAUGGAAGGCAAGAUCAAACCACAGUUAGAUAAAGUCAAGUUAUUUUAUUACAAUCAUUGUAACAGAGGCACUGCGAUAACACCUACAGGAGGAUACCCUUCACAUAAACCACACCCACACGUCCCACCUACUGGGCCUGGAGGAACAGGAUCAGAACAGUAUCACAGUCACACAAACUCUUAUGCUCCUUACAUUGGAGGUGCCAUCAUGGGUGUGUUUGCUCUGGUUAUCAUCGUCCUAUUUGCUAUCUAUUGCAGGAAGCGGGUAAAUAAAAGAAAAAGAAACAAAGAACAGAGAAAUGACCCAGGACGUGAAUCUACCCAGUCGUCCAGGUAUAAAACUGUCAGUUACAACAGACGGAAGUCAGAUGUAUAUGCUGAAAUUGAUGAGAAAAGUAUGAUAUCGUCUGUUAGUUAUAAUAUUGAUGGACAUUCCUGUUCCACAGACGUCACUAAUCUCUCGCAUUCGAACACAAGCAGUUUUUCUAGGAAAUAUCAAAGUGCUCCUAGCAUUCGACAGUUAGAGCUUGAUAAUCAUGGCUACCUUUCACCAGAGUCAAUCAUGCCGGAAGAUGAACUGAAAUCGAAUAUAGCAGACGAAAACACGUCCACGCAUGGAUACAUCGAACUAAAAUCUGAAUCGGGAGAUAGUGGACAGUCGUAUGCUAAACUUGAACCGGAACCGGAAGACGAGUACAUUCAAGCAGACGAAAUAGAAAGUACUCCAAUAAAGAAAAAGAAACCAGAUGAGCAAGGUCACAUGUACUUUGUUCUUGAAAAGGAAAAUGAAGAAUCUAACAAAGUCCCGGAUCAGUGAAUCUGAAAGUUAUUUUGUUUGACUGUCUCUUCGUACUUUAUGUUAUAGUUGUACAUACUAGUAGUUAUUUAAGGUACUUCUGUGAUAAAUAUGAAUGUUCUAAAAUCGAUAUUGACAAAGUGAAGAACGGGAUUUGGAGUCGCAUAAAGGAGUUGCGCAUAAUGAUACAUUUAGUUAAAAGUUGGAUAUAAAUGUGAUAUUUUCACUUAAAAAAAUUCUAUAUUUGUAUAUUUCCUUCGCUUGGUGCUAAACUGUGUGAGUACGAUUCGCAUAGCAAAAGCUGCAGACCUGCGCAUAAAGGCUUUUUUAUUAAGCGUUGUCGCGGGUUUCCUUUUUGUAUGGAGCCGAUGGUUAGUUUAUUAAAGAUAUAUACUAUAACUUUACGAAAAUGUUUAAUUACUCGUUUUUGAAUAAUAUAUUACUGCAUUUGAAGUGCUCCGAGCAGUAUUAUUAUAAUCUAUGCCUUUAUUUAUGUUUUGAUAGUACGUUAUUUUUUUACUAAUAACUGUUUGUGAACGUCAAUUUUUUUUUAUCGGUUGUGAAAUCAAUUUCUAUUAAUUUCCUUUAUGAAAAAUGUAUGACAUAUUUAUAACACUAUUGCAACAACCUUGAUGAACCGGAUGCGAAACGCCUUUACCAUUUAUAAAAGAGGAAGGAAUUAGUCUGAGAUACAAAAGUUUAUGAAAUCUAAUUGAAAAUUUUAAGUUUUACUUUUUAAAAUGCAUGUUUGUACUUUCCAGCUAUAAUGAAAUUGGAAAUGCCUUUGUUGAGGUCUGCUCUUAAAGACUUAAACAUAUUUUCAGAGCAGAAUAUUACAAGCAAUGGGGUUCGGACCCUAACUAACAAAAAAGCUACCAUCAUAUUCCUAGAACCGUCACUGCUUUUCGUUUUAAGUAUAGCAAUGACGAAACUUAAAAUCAAGGUAUAUUCAAGAAGUUAUAUUUGAACGUCCUACAUGUAACUGUAUAGAAAGUUCUGUAAGGAUACGCAUGCGUAGUGAAAUGUCUUCCAACUACAGUAACAGAAAAGAAAUCAAUAAAAAUCGAAAAUAAUAUGUUGA